AUGGAAGAGCAGGUCAUUAAGACCGUACAACAGCUCUCCAGCAAGAAAGCGCCCGGAUCGGACGAUAUUCCUGCAGAGAUCUACAGGCACGAUGACCCCCAACUCAGGGAUCAUCUGACGGCACUAUUCCAGGAGAUGUGGUGUCAGGGAAAAUUCCCACAGGAUUUCAAGGACGCCACAGUCGUGCAUCUAUACAAGCGCAAAGGAAACCGCCAAAUCUGCCACAAUCACCGAGGCAUCUCCUCACUGAACAUCACCGAGAAAGUCUUCGCUCGCAUCUUUCUCGACCGCAUGAACAACCAUCUGGAAGAAGGUCCCCUGCCGAGAAACCAGUGCGGCUUCCGUCAUCAUCGUGGAACCACGGGCGUGAUCUUCGCCGCCCGCCAACUGCAGGAGAAGUGUCAGGAGAUGCGGACCCACCUGUAA